CAAAAGGAUUUGUUGACGGAGCGGUCCCCCGGGAAUACUCAGAUUUCAAUUAUUAUUAUAUUCAUAAAAGUGCUCUUCACCAAGUGAAAGUGUGAUUUCAGUUGAAACCCGUUUUAGCCGCAAUCGCCAGGAUGAAGUUGAAACUUGUGGAUAACAUCAGAGCACGGAUGGAUUCCUGUGGGACCAAGGCUAUCAAAUACCUUCUCUUCGUGUUCAACUUCAUAUUUGCGGUCUCGGGACUAGUUCUACUUAUUGCCGGAAUAAUUGUGCUACUGGAUGUGAACGAUUACCAGCACUUUGUGGAGGAUAAACUGAUGGCGCCACCGGUCGUGUUGAUAGUAGUAGGCGCUUUCGUUUUCCUCGUGGCUUCGCUUGGCUGUUACGGGGCAAUCAAGGAAUCGCCCAAACUUCUGAACACCUUUGCAGUGUUUCUUCUGAUUGUUCUGCUCAUCGAAGUAGCCGUAGCCAUAGCGGCCAUUGCGUUCAAAUCGGACCUUCAGAACGCACUCGAGCGUCAGCUGCAGAAAUCUAUCGAAAGACACAAUAAGGCCGAUAUGACCGCGUGGGACACCGUCCAUAAGAAAAUGAUGUGCUGUGGAGUCCAGGGACCUAAAGAUUGGUAUGACAACAACAACAAAACCAUGCCUGCCAGCUGUUGUAAACCCGAUUUGAUCGAUCCCGAAACUGAGGACUGCAAAAAUGCACCGCCACUGUUCAUGGACCGUUAUUAUCAGCAAGGAUGUCUUAUGGAACUGAAGGAACAUUUCGAUAAAAAUGCAGUAGUGCUCAUCGCUGUUGGAUUCGCAAUAGCCGCCUUCCAGCUGCUUGGAGUAAUUUUUGCUUGCUGGCUAUCUGCAGCAAUUAAGAAGGACAGAAACUGAGAUUGAUAAAGGAGCUAAAUAUGG